AUGGAUAUCGACAAAAUGUUCAAGCUCCCAAAGCUCCCAGCAUCAGCCGGCCAAAAACGCAAAAUGCCCGACAACCCGAACCCAGAGUAUCUCAAAAAGUUCAAAUUCGACGAGGCUGCUCCCCUAUCUCAAGCCACGGACGAACCUCAUGUGAACGGUAAUGGGAAGGGGAAGGGGAGACAGGUGACGGUCCAGGAUGAGGAGAUGGAAGAGAGGGAGGAACGUAAUGCCGGAGGAGGAGGAGGAGGAGGAGGAGGAGGAGGAGGAGGGGAGGUGGAAGAUUUCUAUGAUGAUGCGGAUGAUGAAGGGCGUUUCUUCGGGGGAGGCCUCAAUAACGAGCAAGAACAAAUCUUGAACAUCUUUGACGCGGCCGGCGAAGGCGAAGACGGGCCUGUCCUAGACUUGCCAGCCCUCAGAAGACAGCUGGGCAAGUUUGAGAGGAUCGUCACGAAGAAUGCAGAACAGCGCGGAAAGUAUCCCGAUGACCCCUCCAAGUUUAUAGAGUCCGAAGCCGACCUCGACACCUCCCUCAAAUCAUUCCUCCCCCUCACCCAGAACCCACCUUUAUUCUACCCCGAACUCGUCAAAGCCGGUAUCAUCCCCAUCCUCUCUGGGCUGCUCGCGCAUGAAAACACCGAUAUCGCUGUUGACGUCGUGGAAGUCAUUCGGGAGUUGACAGAUGAAGAUGUCGGGGAGGAGGAAGAUGCGGAGGGCGGGGCGGAAGAAGAGGAGAGGGCUAGUAAGACGAGGAUGGCUAUUGGGCAGCUUAUCGACGAGCUUCUGAACAACUCACUCCUCGACCUCCUCGUAUCCAACCUCUCCCGCCUAAACGAAUCCGAAGAAUCCGACUCCCAAGGCGUCUUCCACAUCCUCGCCGUAUUCGAAAACCUGCUCUCCUUCAUGCCCCCUCUCGCCUCCACCAUCACAAGCGAAACAAGCCUCCUCGGCUGGUUGGUCAGCAGGCUGGAAAAGGAGGGGUACGAUAGUAAUAAGCAGUAUGCGAGUGAAGUGUUGGCGAUGUUGUUGCAAGAAGGGCGGGAGGUGGUUUUGAGGUUUGCGAAAUUGGAUGGGCUGGAUAAGCUGCUUCAGGUUCUUUUCCAAUACAUCAAAAAAGAUCCCGGAGACGGGGAAGAACUCGAGUUCAUGGAAAACGUAUUCGACUGCGUCUGCACCUCCCUCGCCGAGCCCGAGAUGAAACAAGAAUUCCACGACUCUGAAGGCGUAGAAUUGAUGGUCAUGAUGAUGAAGGAAAAACGCCUCGCCCGAACACGCGCCAUCAAAGUCCUCGACUACGCCCUCCAAUCACCCCCCGGCGCCCCCUCCUGCAUCCGCUUCAUCACCGCAUCCGGCCUCCCCACCUUCUUCUCCGCCUUCAUGGGCAAAUCCACGAACAAAUCCAAAAACCGGCACCUCCAGACCAGCCAGGUGGAGGAUGAAGAGCACUUGUUGGGUAUCUUGGGCAGUCUGUUUACGAAUCUGGAGAGUGAUUCGCCAGAGAGGAUCAGGCUGAUAGCCAAAUUUGUCGAGGAAGGGUAUGCAAAGGUGGAGAGGCUGCUUGAACUGCGCGAAGCUGCCGAAAGCAGGCUCGCACCCGUCAAGCGGGAUAUCGAGGAUGAAAAGAAGACUCUGAAAGCGGAAGGCGCGGUGGAAGAGGAGAUUGAAGAGAUGGAGGUGGAGUGGUAUUUGAGAAAGAUGGAUGCGGGUCUGGCGAGUUUGCAGAAUGCGGAUUAUGUGCUGGCGUGGGUGGUCAUGGAGGAUGAUGGGGCGAUGACACACGCAAGACUGUUACUCUCGAGGAAGGGCAUGAACUUCAAGAACGUCUCAUCAGUCUUGCGAGAACUCAAAGACAACAUCGGUGACGACGAAGAAGAAGAAGGAGAAGCAGCAGAAGGCGAAGCAGGAGGAGCAGCAUUGCAGAGGAUGAUUCUGGAGCAGUUGAUAGCAUUCUUGGAGGGUCUGUGA